CGCAGCGCAGCCGUUCACCUUCUUUAGGUUACUCUCUCUCUCUCAAGCCCAUGUAUGUGUAUGUGUGUAUAUCUUUUUGGUGAUAUAUUUGCAGCUUAUUAUUGAAACAACAGCAGUGUUUUGUUUGUCCCAGUUGAUCUAAAAAAAUGAUAAAAAGGCGAUUCUAUAAGCUAGAACAUGGCGAUGCAGAUAAACACUCAGAUUCUUCUUCAUCUUCUUCGGAUUCCGAAGUAGAGGCAGAAGAAACAGAAGCAGAUGAUGAUGUAGUUGCUGAAGUGAGGGCAAAGGAUGAAGCUUGCUCUACUUCUUCUGGGUAUGUGAGUGAGGAUGGCUCAGCAAAGGAAGUUGAUGUUGACUCAUCAGGUUUACUGAAAAAUGAUGAUGACAGUGGAAGUGGAGAUGACAGAACAAACAUUAAUAGAAGUCCAUCUGCUAAAAAGGAUGCUGAACCAUUUAAGAUGCAGUCUGAUAUUGUGGCCGAAAAGGAUUCAGUCCCAUCUGAUGAUGCAGGCUGUAUCUUGAAAUGUAAAUCAGUUUUUAGGUGCAAGCUGUGCCCAAGAAUUGUCUGCUUGACCGAGGAAAGCUUAAAGGCUCAUCUCAAAUCUAAGAGACACGCCCGAUCUGAAAAACUACUGAGUGAAGGGAGGCUUAAGCACAUGCUCAACAGUGAUGGGGAUACUGACGGAGAGACUCAUGCAGAGAGGCAUGCUCGAAUUAUGGCUCCUGCACAGAAUUCGGUAAUUUCAAAAAGGAAAAACAAAGGGCGGCAGAGACAGAGAGAGAGGAAGAGGUUAAAGAAGCAGAAUAUGGGAGAAGAUUCGGAUACAGGGAAAGCAGGACAAUUAACAAAGAACCCAGCCAAGAGAAGGCGUAAAAGUGAGAAUUGAAGAAUAUUACAGCUUGCUUGCUUCUGUGCGAGCUCGGACGGGAAACUGUAAAAUGAAACAGAGAAAUAGCAUUUAAAUUUAUGCGGAGUUGUGGCAUUUUAUGUUUUUUUUGGCAAGUAGUGUUUUCGGCUUGAACGCGAAGGGUUCGCAAAAAAAAUAAAAAAAUGUUCAGUUUUGUCAACUCUGGAAUUGUAUCCUCCCCUCUAAUGCUUAGGGACAAUUGGAUUUUUGGCAAUGCAAUUCUGGGAUUUUUGUUUUUUGCC